AUGCGGAAAUCGCCCAAAUUCCAUCUAGGUCGUGGCCCACGCAAACCAUCAAUGCAAAUGGAGAAUGGGGCGCUUCCUAGGCCCGAGUCCCAAACCCCCUCUCAUCAGCGGAGCAAGAAAUUGGGACGGAAGGGCGAUCGAGAGGAAGGCAGGGUGAAUCGUGCUACUGGGGGUGUUCUAGCUGCUGCCUCCCAAUUUGUGGGACAACACUAUGAGAAUGCUUGUGAUGCAGGCAGACAGGGGGCACCAAAAAAGGCUAGGGAUGCUUCGGUGGUGGUGUUGCCGAGACAUGCUGACAGUGGCAAGAAGGUCGAGCAGGCGGGAAUGUGCAAAUCCUAG